UUACCUCGUGCACCAGGUGAAGUGUGUAAUGUAUGUAUAUAUUGGGAGAUGGGUUUGUCGAGAAAUUGAUGCCACGGUUUGUUUCUCGGCAAUUCGAGGUGCUUAGAGAUUACACAGAGCUCAUUGUGGUCGAGUACUACGGCGAGAGUAGGAUCUAUGAGUGGACUGAUAGUUGGUGGAAGAAGGAGAUGAGCACCAACGAGAUUUUAAAGAACACAUAGAUACAAAUUAUGGUUCCGUGGGAGGAACUAAAAUGGGAUUUAUAUCUCCGAAGUUGAAUGAACUGGUUCAAAAUUUUCUAUCAUUCAGGUCUUAUUGUGUUCCGUGGAAGGAACUAAAAUUUUCGGUCUCAUACUUGACCGGAGGAAAUUCAUCUAAAGAUGCACUCACUGCAAAAGUGCGGAGAACCACACUGAAUAUGUUCCGUUCUGGAAAGGUGAACUUUAUGUUCACUACAGAUGUUGCUGAAGAAGGGAUUCAUGUACGCAAUUGUUCUUUUGUGAUACGUUUUGAUUUACCAAAAACAGUUCGUAGUUAUGUCCAAUCCCGUGGCAGAGCAAGGCAUCAUGAUUCCCAGUAUAUCCUUAUGAUUGAAAGGGGAAAUGCUGACCAAAUAGAUCAAUUAUUUGGUAUCAUUCGAAGUGAGCUUUUUCUGAAAUGUCCUUGUUCACCUAGAGACCCUCUUUGUUUCACACCUAAAGUAUUCUGUGAAGAAUUAAAUGCGUAUGUCGUAGAAUCAACUGGAGCAACUGUUACAGCUGACUCGAGCAUUAGCCUUAUCUACAAGUACUGUGAAAAACUUCCAGGAGAUAGGUUCUUUAUACCACAACCAACAUUUCAAGUACAUCUAAAAGAUGGCUUAUAUGAGUGUGUCUUGACUUUACCUCCAAAUGCUGUUUUUCGAAGGAUAGUAGGUCCUCCAAGCAUCAAUGCUCAUGUAGCAAAGCAGUUUGCCUCUUUGGAGGCAUGUAAAAAAUUGCACAAAAUGAAUGCACUUGAUGAUCAUCUUCUUCCUUUUUUUGAAGAGCCACUAGGGACUAGUACUGCUGGGAUCAAUAAGGAAUAUGCUGCAAAAGCAGGAACAACUAAGAGAAAGGAGUUUCAUGGGAUCACACGUGCAUGUGCUCUGUCAGGAACAUGGGCUCAUAAACCUGAUAAUGUUACAUUGAAUGCUUAUGGGAUAAAAUUUGUUUGUGAUCAAGAAGGUGAGAGUUAUUCUGGAUUUGUCCUUUUACUUGAGGCUUCGCUUGAUAGUGAUAUAGCUGGAGCAGAAAUUGAACUCUUCUUAAUUCCUAACAAAGUGGUCAAGUCUUCCGUAUUUCCAUGCGGAAAGGUGCAACUGAGUGCGGAUCAGGUGGAGAAAUCAAAACUUUUCGAGGAAUUCUUUUUCAAUGGGAUAUUUGGGAAGUUGAUUACUGGAUCCAAAUCAUCAGGUAUCCGGAGAGAAUUCUUAUUCAAAGAAGGAAAAAGACUAUCAUGGAGCUCCACGAAUAUUUAUCUCCUUUUACCACUGAGCCAUCAUCAUCAUGAUACUACUUGCAUCCACUGGAAGGGGGUGGAUGCAUGUUUUUCUGCAGUAAAUUUUUUGAGAAACAUAUUUUACAGAUGUUCAAAUGGUAAAGAAAACAAGAAACUGGACAUAAUUCACCUGGCAAAUAAAUCUCUUUAUACUCAAAAUCUUAAAGAGUUGGUGGUUCUGGCCGUUCAUACUGGACGAUUAUAUUCUGUUCUUGAUGUGUUGACUGAUAUGACUUCAGAGAGCCCAUUUGAUGAGAUAUAUGAUGGAAAAAAGUCACAAUUCAAUUCAUUCAUAGACUACUACCGUGAAAAGUACAACAUUUCACUUCAACAUUCAAGGCAACCACUUCUAUUAUUUAAGCAAAGCCAUAAUCCGCACAAUCUUCUUUUUCAGAAAUCAAAGGUUAUAGAUGGUUUGACUGGCCAAAGUUUUCUAAUUGAGAAAGUACAAGUUCAUGCUCACGUUCCACCAGAACUCCUAGUUCAUGUUGAUAUUGUUGUGCGCGGCGGAAGCUUGAAACCACACGAACAAGAACGAGAUAAAUCACAACCAAUAAGCCAUACACAAUACCACAGCAAGACAAACGAAUUUUACGUGGUUCGAAAUCCUAUCAUUCUUAAUGGUGUGGAAACACCGAAUUUCAACGUGUUCACAUCACGUAUCACGUUGCAUAUACCCAAUACUGAAGUUAUUGAACUCAUUGUUGAUCCAAAAACGGACAAGAAGACUGCAAAUGAUUCAUCAGCAUUUGUAAUGCUUCGGGAGCUUCAGAAAAGAGGAAGGUGUUUUCUUGAAGAACAGUAACAGUUUUCACCACAAAGAAAAAUGAAGAAAGAUUGAAUUAUACUUCAGACCAACUGCUACAGAUUGGAACAGACCUGAAG